AAGGCAGACCCUUAAAGACUGAGCCACCCAGGCGCCCCAUACUUGUCCUGUCUUUAAAAACCUUUCCCUUUCUGUAGCGCUUUGGAGCUGCCCUCUACUUGUAGAUGGGAUGCUGCCCAAUUCACCUAUCAAUGAAUAAAGCCAGCAAACCUUUACAAUGUGAUGGGUUGAAUUUUUGUUGCUUAACGGGAACUAAUCUGUUCGCAACUAAUCCUACUGAAACUUAUGAAACUGACUCUAACACCUCAGGGUGCAAACAUUUGAGGAGCAACAACAUCUUUCCACCUCUACACAGACUCAUUCCUUUCUGAAAUGCUGUACGAAAUGAUAUGUCAUUUACCUCAGUAAAAGUAUUUACGAGCAUCUCAAAUAGUUUUCUUUGGAAGCUGACAUUCCUGGAGUCUGAAAGCAGGGCUCUUCUCUGCCUUUAACGAGGAGCAAACCCGGUCCCUCCGGGGCGGAGCCGCGCUUUCCAGCAUCCCUCAGGGUGCCACGUGACCAAAGCUCGCGACUCCGGGGCGGAGGACCCCCUACCGGAGACCGCCAGAGCCCCGGGAGCCACACCACCCGGAAGAGCCCGGCUCCGAGCGCAGAGCGAGGAGCCAAUGAGGGACCAGCACACGGCGUUUCGAGGCGAGCGCAAGCGCCGGGGGCGGGACUUCCGGUCGCGUCCCCCCGCAAGUCCUCCAGCCUCAGGUUGGCUCCGUUUAUCCCGUAAGGGUCCGGAGCGCGCGUCGGGGUCCGGGGGCCUGCUCGUGAAGCCGCGAGGGGAGGCGCCGUCCUCGGCGCACACAGUCGGGUCCCGGUGUCCGCUCCGCUCCGGCCCCGCUGCCGGCCCACCGAGUCCGAUGGCGGCGGCCGCGCCCAGGGAGCCGCCGCAGUGUGGUGUGACCUUUGAGGACAUUGCCGUGUACUUCUCCUGGAAGGAGUGGAGGCUUCUUGAUGAGGCUCAGAGACGGCUGUACCACCAUGUGAUGCUGGAGAACUUUACACUUAUAUCCUCACUGGGUUGCUGCUGUGGAGCAGAGGAUGAGGCACCCUUUGCCCAGAGCACUUCUGUAGGCGUGUCACAGACCAGGACGCCCAAGGCAGCUCAGUCUUCCCGGAAGACCCACCCCUGUGAGAUGUGUGGUCCAGUCUUGAGAGACAUUUUCCACUUGGCUGCGCACCAGGGAAAAGAAAACAGCCAGAAACUGUUGAGGUGUGGGGCCUGUGGGAAACGAUUUUAUUUCAGUGUAAAGUUUCAGCAGCAGCAGGAGCAGCACGUGGCAGCAGAACCCUCCAGAAGCCGUGUGGACAGGGACUCUGUUGUGAAGAGCUGGGGAUUCCAUGGUUCAGGAAAGCCCUUUACCUGUGGAGAAGUUCAGAAGGACUUCCUGUCUGGCUCGGGGCAUCUGCAGCAAGAGGCCACUGAUACUGGGGAGAAGCCACACACGAUCACCCAGCGCAGGGCAACUUUACAAAGCAGGAAAAGUCAUUAUACUUGGGGAGAAUGCAAGAACGCCUUUGGUCCCACACAUUCGUACGUUCAGGACCAGGAUGUCCACCUUGGAAGACAGUCCUUUGUGUGCAAUAAAUGUGGGAAAACAUUCAGGUAUAAAUCUUUAUUUGCCAUACACCAGACGUUCCAUACUGGAAAAAGAGGUUAUAAGUUUAGCAAAUACGGAAAAUUCCUUAGGCAUUGGUCAGCCUGCAGUCAACAUGAAAAGACUCAUACUCUGUUAAAGCAGUACAUGUGCAGCAAAUGUGGGAAAUCCUUAAGCCAGAAAUCUGGCCUUAUUCAUCCCCAGAGAUGGCACAAUGGAGAAAAGAGUUAUGUUUGCAGUGGAUGUGCAAAAUCUUUUAUCCAUAGAUCAGUGUUGAUUACACAUAGGGUUCACCCUGGAAAAAGAUUUUAUAAGUGUCGUGGCUGUGCAAAAUCUUUUUCUACUAUGUCUGCCUUUGGCUAUCAUCAGAGAUCUCACACUAGGGAAAGACCUUAUGAGUGCAGUGAAUGUGGGAAAUCUUUUACCACUGGUUCUUCCCUUCGUUGUCACCAGAGAGUUCACACUGCAGAAAGGCCCUAUGAGUGCAGUGAAUGUGGCAAGUCCUUUGUCCGAAGAAAUAUCCUAAAACUACACAUAAAGAUUCACUCAGGAGAAAGGCCUUACAAGUGUAACGAAUGUGAGAAAUCUUUUAAGUGGAAGUCAACAUUGAUUAAACACCAGAGAAUUCACACAGGAGAAAGGCCUUAUGAGUGCAGUGAAUGUGGGAAAUCUUUUAGCACUAAGUCUGUCCUCCGUGAUCACCAAAGAGUUCAUACUGGAGAAAGGCCUUAUGAGUGCAAUGACUGUGAGAAAUCUUUUACCACCAAAUCAGCCCUCCAUUAUCACCAAAGAGUUCACACCGGAGAGCAGCCUUAUGAGUGCAGUGAAUGUGGCAAGUCCUUUGUCCAAAGAAGUAGCCUCAAUAUACACAUAAAGGUUCACUCAGGUGAAAAGCCUUAUAAGUGCAAUGAAUGUGGGAAAUCUUUGAAGUGUAAGUCAACAUUGAUUAAACACCAGAGAAUUCACACAGGAGAAAGGCCUUAUGAGUGCAGUGAAUGUGGUAAAUCUUUUGCUACUAGUUCUGUCCUUCAUUCUCACCAGAGAGUUCACACUGGAGAAAGGCCUUAUGAAUGCGGUGAAUGUGGGAAAUCUUUUACUGGUAUUUCAGGACUCCACUAUCACCAGAGAGUUCACACUGGAGAGAAACCUUAUGAAUGCAGUGAAUGUGGGAAGUCCUUUGUCCAAAGAAGUAGCCUCAAUGUACACAAAAAGGUCCACUCAGGUGAAAAGCCUUACAAGUGUAAUGAAUGUGGGAAAUCAUUGAAGUGUAAGUCAACAUUCGUUGAACACCAGAGAAUUCACACAGGGGACCGGCCUCACAAGUGCCGUGAUUGUGGAAAAUCUUUUACGUCUAGAUCUACCCUUCGUUCUCACCAGAGAGUUCACACUGGAGAACGGCCUUAUGAGUGCAGUGACUGUGGGAAGUCUUUUACCACUACUUCUCACCUUCGUUCUCACAAGAGAGUUCACAAUAGUGAAAGGCCUUAUGAAUGCAGUGAAUGUGGCAAGUCCUUUUGCCGAAGGAAUAGUCUGAAUGUACACAUCAAGAUUCACUCAGGUGAAAGGCCUUACAAAUGUAACGUAUGUGGGAAAUCUUUGAACUAUAAGUCAACGUUCAUUCAACAUCAGAGAAUUCACACAGGAGAAAAGCCUUACCUGUGCAGUGAAUGUGGGAAAUCUUUUAGUUAUAGCCGCGCCCUCCGGUAUCAUCGUCAAAGUCACCUUGCAGUAAGUCCUUAUGAUUGUAGUGAUUGUGGGAAAUCUUUUACUUGUAGUUCUUAUCUCCGUGAUCACCAGAGAGUUCACACUGGAGAAAGGCCUUAUAAAUGCAGUCACUGUGGGAAAACUUUCACUUCUCGUUCCCUCCUCCGUUCUCACCAGAGAUUUCACACUGGAAAAAGGCCCUAUGAAUGCAGAGAAUGUGGCAAGUCCUUCUUCCAAAGAGGUGCCCUGAAUGUACACAUAAAGGUUCACUCAGGUGAAAAGCCUUAUAAGUGUAAUGAAUGUGGGAAAUUGUUGAAGUACAAGUCGACAUUUAUAAUACACCAGAGAAUUCACACAGGAGAAAGGCCUUAUGCUUGCAGUGAAUGUGAGAAGUCUUUUAUCAGUUACGGUGCUCUCAGUUAUCAUCACAGAGUUCACAUUGGAGAAAGACAUUAGGAGUACUAGGGAUGUGGAAAAUCUUUCAGCUAUUUUUCCAGUCUCAUUCAAGAUGAGAAAGUACACAGUAAAUAAAGUCUUUAUGGUGGUAACAUGAA